CUUCCUUUGUCUCCGCGUUCACCGUCGCGUUCUCUCAUCCCGGCUCCUCUCCGCUGCACCUCCACGCUUGCUUCGGCCCCUGCUCGAUUUUUGCUUUGCCAUGUCUGCCGCGUCUACCACCCCCGCCACGUCAGCAACCGCGCCGGCUCCUGCCGGCCUAAGAAUGCCUCGCCCCCACCUCAAUCAUUUCCUGGAAAUCACGAACGCCAAGCUGCUGAAGAUGAUGGGGAAUGGUUUGGUGAGGCAGGAGGAUGAGGCGGCGCUGGCAGAGGAGAUUCUUGGAGAGUUCAUUGAUGUGUGUACGGGGCGGUCCAUGCAGUUGUGAGCGGUCGGACGGCGGGCGAGCCUCCCGAGCAGCGGCCGAUGGUGCCGCUGUUCCUGCUCUCAGCGAUUCUCGAGCUGGACCACUCGCCGAGGGAAGGCCUCAAACUGUCCCGCAUCCGUCCGGACGAUCCACGGGUCCUCACCUCGGCGUGGCGCAAUCCUCGUGCGCCGUCUGGCCUCCCUGAACGCCCUCGCUCGCCGACCCCCGUUCCCGGCCCGUCUCGUCAGCCUUCGACGACGGUGCGCUUCCAGGACUUAGCGGCGGAUUCCGACGGUGAGGAGGAGGUCCCGGUGAAGGAGGACGGGAUGGAUGUCGACGAGGUCGAGAAGACCCCACCUCGCAAGACUAGAAACACCGCGUCGAGCAAGAAGAAGCCGGGCCCUGGACGGACCGAAUCGUCGGGUACCAAGCGCAAGCGGGCGCCGACUCCUACGCGCAAAUCAAAGGGCAAACAGCGCGCGCGAUCACCCGAGGAUGAGCAAGGCGACAACGAGCGGGCGGCUGGACAUCUGGACGAGGAGACCGAGCAAGAGGAGGAGGAGAUGGAUGAGGAGGAACGCCCGAAGAAAAAGCGGGCAAAAGGCUCAAAGCCGCCGAAGGGCAUCCUCGUGAAGAAGACAGAGGAGGUCCACGGCGAGCGGGCCAAGUUCGAGAUGGAGUACGUGGAGGGGAAGCCCGACCCGUGCACACAAUGCAAGGGUUUCCCAUGCUAUAUCUCAACACCGGACGGCUACGAAUUCAAGAAGGACGGCACCAUGAAGGACCCACCGCCGGCAUGCGACUAUUGCAACGUCAAGAAGGUGAAGUGCGAGCCCAUCGACACCGAGGGCACGUUUAAGCCCAAGAAGUCCCGCGGGCCCGGCGCAGCUCUCGACGGCGGGUACACCUUCUCGGCGACCGACAACCAUCGCCAAGAAGGCUGGCAAGAAGGCGCAGAAGGCGGUCAACAACCGCCGGCCGUUACGCCGGCGCCUCAGGAGAACGCGGAGGCUGGGCCCAGCUCUGAGGUCCAGCAGAAGCCCGUGCGUACGAGGAAGACGAAGGGUCCUGCCGGGACGUCGCCGACAUUCUCGCUGACAGGAAGCGUGGUUAGUGGAGUUCGGGGGCCCAUCGAUGUCCUCCAGGAGGACACCUGA